AUGCAGCGCUACUACGCGCAGUCGCUGCGCCGCUCGCCGGCCAUGCCGCUGUCCGGGGCGCCGCUGUCCUUGGUGCCCGUGCAGAUGCCCGUGGCGCCGCGCGCCAUGCUGGUGCUGCCGCCGCCGCUCGUGGACUCGUGCCCGGCGGACAAGUCGUCGCGCUCCUCGACGUGGACGUCGUACCAGGGCUCGGCCAAGACCUUCUCCUCCGAGCUGGAGCGCGGCGAGCGCAUCAAACCCGAGCGCGCCAACCGGCGCAACGCCGUGCAGAAGAUGCAGUGGCGCAGCUCGCGGUGGGUGACGGGCUUCGCGGCCGGCGAGUACCUCGGCGGCCCCGAGGACGCCGACCUGGACCACCGCAUCUCCUCCAUGACCAUCGCCGACGUGUCGCCGCGCUUCGCCGUCAAGCGCAUCCUGCUGCUGUACGAGAACCAGCAGUACCGCGAGGCCGCCAACUUCAUCAACCGCCUCAGCCACGGCACCUUCAAGGUGAUCGUCAACGACCUGCCCAUCGACCUGUUCGUGGAGUCCAUGCCCGCCUCCUUGUCCAUCCUGGAGGCGCUGUACGCCAAGGUGUUCCUGUCGGACGGCCUGGACUUCUCGCUCAAGCUGCUGCGGCCCGACGCCGUGGUCAUGCAGAUGGUGCGCCUGUUCGCCGGCAGCGACGCCAACAACUCGUGGCAGCUGUGCGGGCCCUUCGUCACGUCCUGCAAGAAGCUGCUCAAGGUGAUCGUGCUGUCCGAGCCCAAGAUCCGCAAGAUGCUGCAGGCGCGGCGGCGGGCGCUGGACAAGGCCAUCGAGGGCCUGGGCCAGCACGGUCUGGUGGGCACGUCGGACGAGACGCUCAUGAACCUCCACGACGCCCUCAAGGUGGAGUUCUCGCGCGUCGUGGAGGCCUACAAGGGCGCCAUGCAGAAGCUCGAGGACCUGAGCCUGGCCGGGCAGAGCGCGCCGGCCCAGCGCGGCAUCGGCAGAGGGCCCGCCCCCGUGCAGGCCUCGCACCAGCGGCAGCUGUCCCUGCGCCAGCCGGAGAUCCAGGAGCGCCUGAUCAAGAACAAGACGCUGCUGAACGUGGUGGAGCCCACGAUGGGCAACCACUCCCUGGACAUCCUGCUGGGCAUCCUGCAGCGCCGCAUCGAGUGCGACAAGGACGCGCUGUUCCAGUUCACGCAGCUCAAGAAGGAGGUGCGGUCCGGCGUCACCGCCAACGACAUCGUGGCGCCCGUGCUGAUGCGCUUCAGCCACGGCUGCGACCAGGUGCUGGAGCUGAUGAAGGAGGUGACGGAGGACGACGAGGACUCGAGCGACAUCUCGGGCUACCACUCGGACUCGGACUCGGCCAUCAUGAUGUCGGGCAACUCGCCGUACGUCAGCAAGCGCGCCAGAUACAACUUCCUCACGCGCUCAGUGCGCUCCUCCAGCAAGUGCUCGCGCCUCAGCGUGCUGGGCGGCGCGCUCGGCCCGCUCGGCCCCAAGCUGUCCACGUCCUCGGGCGUGUCCUCGGGGCUGUCCUCCGGCGGCAGCGUCCCCGACUCCAACGAGUGCGCCGAGUGCAACGCCAAGGGCGUGGGCUCCGGGUCGUCCAGCGAGGAGGCGGCGUCCUCGUCGCCCACGCCGCCGGCGCCGUCCUCUAGCGGGCCGCAGCGCCUGCGCCACCUCAAGCACAAGAAGGAGCUGCUCAAGGCCAACUCCGUGCCCGGCCUGCGCGCCGAGGUGGACACGCUGCGCUCCGAGCUGGCCCUCGCCAAGACCCGCCUCACCGCGGCGGAAGAGUCCGAGAACAGACCUAGCGCGGCCCCCGCGGCCGGCGAGUGCGAGCUCGGCGCCGACCGGCUCGUGGCCUGCUACGCCAACCUGUACUCGCAGGCGCGCGUCGACACCCUGGACGCCCUGGACGCGCUGCCCGCGCUCCGGGACGCCACCGAACUUAAGUCUAAGAUCUUGUUUUCUGUCGUCGUGCUCGCCUUCCGGUCGGCCCAGAGCCUGCUGGCGCUCAAGAAGGAGCACAUCCGGCGCAUCCUCCACCUGCCGACGCCGGCCGCCGACCAGAGCGACGCCGCCCCCGCGACCACCGCCGCCCAGGAGCUGGAGCAGCACGUGUCGACGUACCUGCGCCGGACCGUGGACUCGUUCGACCUCACCAAGAGCAUCGACGAAGUUUGCAGUCAAAUUUGGGCCACGCUGUACGACUACCCCAGCCUCAAGACGUGCGGCGGCCUCCUGCAGUACGUGCGGGACUCCGUCCGCCUGGCGUGGGCCCUCGUCAAUCAGACGCCGACCUACGUGCUCGAGUACGAGCAGCGCCUGUUCCGCCGCGACGUGCACGUGCGCUUCCACUCGUCCGACCCCGACAGCGAGGCCAUCCGCACGUACCUGUGGCCCGCCCUGCUGGAGGGCGCCGGCGGGCCGUGCGUGCACAAGGCCGUCGUGCUCACCUAGACGAGCACCCCGCCGGGCGCGCGCGCGGACCUGGA